UUGGUUUCCAGAUUGCUGAUUCUCAUUUUACAAGCUCGAGAACGAUGUGGUCUCAGAAAACCAAGACAUGCUUGAUUUCAAGAACACUCGAACUCAGAUUUGCUCUUGGUUUAUUUGUUCUCCAGAAUUCUCAGAGUAAGUUUUUAAAAUGAUACGAGUCAAUCGCCGGAUUCAUGUACUCUUACUCUCAGGAAAGAUCUGGUGUCAUUCAACCUUAUCAAAAAGCUUUGAUAAGAACAUUCAGUUUUGGGUCAGUCGAGGUGGGCGGAGGAACAUAUGCUCGUUAAAAGCUUAGAACGCCCCGGCAAGCUCAGUGUAUGUUUGAGGUCACACACAACUAGUUAAUUGAACUGAUUUUCGCUCAGCCGCAGUCCGCGAGUGAGCAACCGGGAAAGAUGUCAGCGAUCGUUAUACGCGCCAUGGAAAUGGAGGAUUUCGAGGAGGUAGAGGUCUUCCUCGCAGAGCACUUCUUCAAGCACGAGCCCCUGAUGCUGAUCCCCCAGAAGGACCCCUCGCAGGCCGAGCUGAUUCAGGCGGAGGCGGAGCUGCACCGUUCGCUCAUCUCGCAGAACCUCUCCUUGGUGGCCGUCGACGUCGAGGAGAAGCGCAUUGUGGGUGUGGUCCUGGCCGGCGAGCUGACUCCCGAGGAUCUAGAAAGGGAGUUCCGGGAGAACGAGCAGAAGGAAGCCACGUGUCUGCUGGACAAGAUUCACAAGUUCCUGGCUGGCGUCGAGUGGCAGGCCAACAUCUUCGAUCACUUCGGAGUGCAGCGAGCCCUCUACCUCUACAUGCUCGGCGUGGACGCCUCCGUUCGUCGCCAGAGAGUGGGCACCCGGCUAGUGGCCGCCACCAUCGAGCUGGGUCGCCAGCGGGGCUUCCCUGUACUGACCUCCACCUGCACUAACAUGCACUCCAGGCGUCUCAUGACCGGACUGCACAUGGAUUGCGUCCUCACGAAGGAUUACGCGGACUACAAGGACGAAAGCGGGGAGGUCGUUCUUCCAGCGACCGAUCCCCACACCUCGGCCAGUGUCGUGGGCAUCCGGCUCUAGUGGCAGCCAUUCUCUGGAUAACCGCCACCAAAAUCUAAAUAUUUAAGCUGUUUUCGUAGUUUUAUACGUGAUUGCGUACGUCAAAUAAAGGGUUUUCACCCUAUAAAUAAAUAAACAUCCUUGAAAAAAUAUAA